CAGUCUGCUUUUUCUAGUUUCCAACUGUCCAUGUUUGUUGAGCCUGUGUCCACUGCAGCCUGAGACUUCUGAUCUAAGAUGAUAGAAGUGAAAAACCUGACGUGUUCUGCUGGUUUAAUCCAUUUGCCUCAGGGUUUGUUGUGUUUUCUGACAUUCUCGGUUCUGAUAUAAAACCUGGCUGGGAAACCUUCUAACUGUGACCUCGAUACACACAAUAGGGGAGUACUGUAUUUAAUUGUACUGUAGUUCAAAAUAAAAGACGACCAAAUUAAGGUGUUUCAAAAUGCAUAUGUGGAAUCAUGAGACGAUAACUUCUUGUAUUACUGAAUUUGGUUUACGUUUGUGUAGAAUAAGAUAAACCCUAAAAUCACUUACCCAAUAUUUCUCUGUGAACUAAUAACUAUAACUCCACAGGCAGGAUUUUGCUGUUUAUUGUAUGAAACUAUUUUUACAAGGUUUAACAUUCAGGGUUGUAUCAUCCCUCUGUUUUUACCUGUAGUUUUUGUUCAUGUAAUGUACAACAGUGAACACAGGGCGACGUCAGCGACUUCACAAAUGACAGAUAAUAAAUCAAACAAUGUUAAAAAAAACAUUCAGCACAGGGAAAAAUGUUUUUGCUGACACCACCCUGUCUGUGACAAUGACAGAACAACGUCAAGGUGAGACCCCCCGAUUGUUAACCCCUUCCCCCCUUUCUGUGAAACAGUAUGUGUUGUGCAAUCCCUCCAUAUUCUGUGCAUUUCUAUGACGUCGUUGCUGGCUCAGGGGGUUUACACAAAGGGCCAGUCUGCGGCGGCAGGUAUAAAAGAAAAGGGUUAAACCAGGCAGGGUACAGUUCAGUGCAAGAGCAAGAACAGCAGCAGCUCCAGCCACAGCAGAGACCCACUGACCAGCCAAAAUGACUUCCACUGGAAUGAACAACAUGGGCAAGAUCACCUUCUACGAGGAGAGGAACUUCCAGGGCCGCACCUACGAGUGCAUGAGCGACUGCCCCGACAUGUCCUCCUUCCUGAGCAGGUGUCAGUCCUGCAGGGUGGAGAGAGGCUGCUUCAUGGUGUACGACCGCACCAACUUCAUGGGCACCCAGCACUUCCUGAGGAGGGGCGAGUACUCCGACUACAUGAGCAUGAUGGGCACCAGCGGCGACUGCGUCAAGUCCUGCCGCAUGAUCCCCAUGCACAGAGGUUCCUUCAGGAUGAAGAUCUACGAGAGGGAGAACUUCAGCGGCCAGAUGCACGAGCUGAUGGACGACUGUGAGAACAUCAUGGAGAGGUUCCGCAUGUCCAACUGCCAGUCCAGCAACGUGAUGGAGGGCCACUGGCUGAUGUACGAGCAGCCCAGCUACAGAGGCAGGAUGAUGUACAUGAGGCCCGGCGAGUACAGGACCUUCAUGAACUCCGGCAUGAGCGGAAUGAGGUUCAUGAGCAUGAAGCGCAUCAACGACUCCUGCUAUUAAACUCUUUGCACUGAAUAAAA